GGGGAUCGGCCCUGUGACCCCUCACCCGGGCCCUGGGCCCGAGGCCCGGACUUUCCGAAGCCGGCAAUGCCCGCCUGCGCCCGCCUAGCGGGGGGGCUUCCGGACCCCCGACUCCGCCCCGCCCGGCGGUGGGCUCGGUCCCGGGCCGGCCUCUCGGGGGCCCUGCCCUGGCUGGGGCCUCGGCUCCGGCUCUGGCUCGUGCUCCUGCUGCUGCUCCUUCCGCCCGCCGGCGUCUCCGCAGUAUUCACAGUGGGGGUCCUGGGCCCCUGGAACUGCGACCCCAUCUUCGCCCGGGCCCGCCCGGACCUGGCCGCCCGCCUGGCCGCCGCGCGCCUAAAGCGCGACCCUGCGCUGGCAGGCGGCCCCCGCGUUGAGGUCGCGCUGCUGCCCGAGCCGUGCCGGACGCCGGGCUCGCUGGGGGCUGUGUCCUCCGCGCUGGCCCGCGUCUCGGGCCUCGUGGGGCCGGUGAACCCUGCCGCCUGCCGGCCGGCCGAGCUGCUAGCGGAAGAAGCCGGCGUCGCGCUGGUGCCCUGGGGCUGCCCUGGGACGCCGGCGGCCGGCACCACGGCCCCGGCCGCCACCCCCGCCGCAGAUGCCCUCUAUGUCCUCCUCCGGGCGUUCCGCUGGGCGCACGUGGCCGUGGUCACCGCCCCCCAGGACCUGUGGGUGGAGGCAGGUCGCUCACUGUCCGCGGCACUCAGGGCGCGGGGCCUGCCCGUCGCGCUGGAGACCUCCAUGGAGCCCCCGGACCUGUCUGGAGCCCGGGAGGCCCUGAGGAAGGUCCGGGAGGGGCCCAGGGUCAGAGCAGUGAUCAUGGUGAUGCACUCGGUGCUGCUGGGCGGGGAGGAGCAGCGCUUUCUACUGGAGGCUGCAGAGGAGCUGGGCCUGGCCGAUGGCUCCCUGGUCUUCCUGCCUUUCGAUACGCUCCACUACGCCUUGUACCCAGGCCCUGAGGCCUUGGCUGCACUCGCCAACAGCUCCCAGCUUCGCAAGGCCUACGAUGCCGUGCUCACCCUCACACGUCACUGUCCCCCUGGGGGCACUGUGCUGGACAAUCUGCGCAGGGCCCAAGAGCUCCAGGAACUGCCACCCGGCCUCAAUCUGCAGCAGGUCUCCCCGCUCUUUGGCACCAUCUAUGACGCAGUAUUCUUGUUGGCAAGGGGUGUGGCAGGAGCGCGGGCAGCUGCAGGUGGUGGCUGGGUGUCCGGAGCAGCCGUGGCCCACCACGUCCGGGAUGCCCAGGUCCCUGGCUUCUGCAGGGCCCUAGGAGGAGCCAAGGAGCCCUCGUUCGUGCUGCUGGACACGGACGCUGCAGGAGACCGACUGUUUGCCACGUACAUGCUGGACCCCGCCCAGGGUUCCCUCCUCUCCGCUGGGACCCCGGUGCACUUCCCUUUUGGGGGACCGGCGCCUGGCCCCGACCCUUCGUGCUGGUUCGAUCCAGAUGUCAUCUGCAACGGAGGAGUGGAGCCAGCCCUCGUCUUUCUUGGCUUCCUCAUGGUGGUUGGGAUGGGGCUGGCUGGGGCCCUCCUGGCCCAUUAUGUGAGGCACCGGCUACUUCACAUGCAAAUGGUCUCCGGCCCCAACAAGAUCAUUCUGACUGUGGAUGACAUCACCUUCCUCCAUCCACAUGGGGGCAGCUCUCGAAAGGUGAUCCAGGGGAGUCGAUCGAGUCUGACUACCCGCAGUGUGUCAGACAUUCGCAGUGUCCCUGGCCAGCCCUCAGACAACUUCAACAUUGGCCUCUAUGAGGGAGACAGGGUUUGGAUGAAGAAAUUUCCAGGGGAUCGGCACAUAGUUAUCCGCCCAGCAACCAAGAUAGCCUUCUCCAAGCUCCAGGAGCUCCGGCACGAGAACGUGGGCCUCUACCUGGGGCUCUUCCUGGGGCGGGAAGCAGAAGGUCCUGCAGCCGCCUGGGAGGGCAGUCUGGCUGUGGUCUCAGAACACUGUGCACGGGGCUCCCUCUAUGACCUCCUCGCCCAGAGAGACAUAAAGCUGGACUGGAUGUUCAAGUCCUCCCUCCUGCUGGACCUCAUCAAGGGAAUGAGGUAUCUGCAUCAUCGAGGCGUACCUCAUGGGCGGCUUAAGUCACGGAACUGCGUAGUGGACGGGAGGUUUGUGCUCAAGGUCACCGACCACGGCCACGGGCGACUACUGGAAGCGCAGAGGGUGUUACCAGAGUCUUCCAGCGCAGAGGAUCAGCUAUGGACAGCCCCGGAGCUGCUUAGGGAUCUGGCCCUGGAACGCCGGGGAACGCUGGCCGGUGACAUCUUCAGCUUGGGUAUCAUCAUGCAGGAGGUCGUGUGCCGCAGCACCCCUUACGCCAUGCUGGAAAUGACUCCCGAGGAAGUGAUACAGAGGGUGCGGAGCCCCCCUCCACUGUGUCGGCCCUUGGUGUCCAUGGACCAGGCACCCAUGGAGUGCAUCCAGCUGAUGAAGCAGUGCUGGGCAGAGCAGCCGGAACUUCGGCCCACCAUGGACCGUACUUUCGAACUGUUUAAGGGCAUCAACAAGGGCCGGAAGACAAACAUCAUUGACUCAAUGCUUCGGAUGCUGGAACAGUACUCCAGUAACCUGGAGGACCUGAUCCGGGAGCGUACAGAGGAACUGGAGCAGGAAAAGCAGAAAACAGAUCGGCUGCUCACACAGAUGCUGCCUCUGUCUGUGGCUGAGGCCUUGAAGAUGGGGACACCUGUGGAGCCCGAGUACUUUGAGGAGGUGACCCUGUACUUCAGUGACAUCGUGGGCUUCACCACUAUCUCAGCCAUGAGUGAGCCCAUCGAGGUGGUGGACCUGCUCAACGAUCUCUACACACUCUUCGAUGCCAUCAUCGGUGCCCAUGAUGUCUACAAGGUGGAGACAAUUGGGGACGCCUAUAUGGUGGCCUCAGGACUGCCUCAGCGGAAUGGGCAGCGGCACGCUGCGGAGAUCGCCAACAUGUCGCUGGACAUCCUCAGUGCCGUGGGCACUUUCCGCAUGCGCCAUAUGCCCGAGGUGCCCGUGCGCAUCCGCAUCGGCCUACAUUCAGGCCCUUGCGUGGCGGGCGUGGUGGGCCUCACCAUGCCGCGGUACUGCCUGUUCGGAGACACAGUCAACACCGCCUCGCGCAUGGAGUCCACCGGGCUGCCUUACCGCAUCCACGUGAACUUGAGCACCGUGGGGAUUCUCCGCGCUCUGGACGCUGGCUACCAGGUGGAACUUAGAGGCCGCACGGAGCUCAAGGGCAAGGGCGCCGAGGAUACCUUCUGGCUGGUGGGCAAACGCGGCUUCAACAAACCCAUCCCCAAACCACCUGACCUGCAACCGGGGUUCAGCAACCACGGCAUCAGCCUGCAAGAGAUCCCACCUGAGCGGCGUCGGAAGCUGGAGAAGGCGAGGCCGGGCCUGUUCUCAGAGAAGUGAGACCCGGCCGCGGACAGGGUCUGGGCCCUGCUCCCCAUCCCUAUCAGCAGUGAACCCAGGUUUCCCCCUUUGGGGAAGUGGGGUUGAGCUGCUUCUUGGCAGGGAUUUGUGACACUGAAUUGUUGGGCUGUGUUCACUGUAGAUACCAGGCCAUGUGCCAUGGUAUUUGAGUCCCGGGAGGGUGGGGCUGAAAUAAAAGUGUGCUUUCUUC